CCCUUCUCUCGACUCAUUCGUUUCGCGGCGCGUCGUCUCGCCGGCCGACCUCCGUUGCACUCGCCCGGGCUCAUUCCCAUCGCGUCCGCUAGCCGCACCGCUCGAUCGCACUACCCAGCCAAAAACCUCAAAAACCAUGACGGAGAGCACGGAAACCCCUGCGGCAGCUGCCCCUGAAAAGACUCCCACUGAAAAUGGAACCACUGAGACCCCGCCCGAGGAGACCCCUGAGAAGGCGACUGAAGAAAAGGAAAAGGAGACUCCGCCGCCCAAGGAGAUGCGCGCCGUCGUCCUGACCGGCUUCGGAGGACUCAAAACUGUCAAGAUUCUGAAGAAGCCCGAGCCGACCAUUGGAGAAGGCGAGGUCCUUAUUCGAGUGAAGGCAUGCGGUCUGAACUUCCAAGACCUGAUCGUGCGACAGGGAGCCAUCGACUCGCCUCCCAAGACUCCGUUCAUCCUCGGCUUCGAAUGCGCCGGAGAGAUCGAGCAGGUCGGCGAGGGCGUCACCAACUUCAAGGUUGGCGACCAGGUGGUAGCCCUCCCGGAGUACAGGGCGUGGGCUGAACUGGUGUCUGUGCCAGCGCAGUACGUGUACGCGCUGCCCGAGGGCAUGACCGCUCUGGACGCGGUAGCCGUCACCACUAACUACGUGGUGGCUUACCUGCUGCUCUUCGAGAUGGCCAACCUCACGCCUGGCAAGAGCCUGCUGGUGCACUCCGCUGGAGGCGGUGUGGGCCAAGCUGUAGCCCAGCUAGCGAAGACCGUGGACGACGUGACGGUGUUCGGCGUCUGCUCGAAGACCAAGCACGAGGCUCUGAAGGCCAACAACAACAACAUCGAUCAUCUCCUGGAGCGCGGCAGCGACUACACCAGCGAAGUUAGGAAGGUGUCUCCGGAUGGCGUUGACAUCGUCCUGGACUGUCUCUGCGGCGAGGAGUGCAACCGCGGCUAUCAGCUACUCAAACCGAUGGGCCGGUACAUCCUCUAUGGAUCAUCGAACAUCGUGACCGGCGAGACGAAGAGUUUCUUCAGCGCGGCGCGUGCAUGGUGGCAAGUGGACAAGGUGUCCCCGAUCAAGUUGUUCGACGAGAACAAGAGCCUGGCGGGUCUGAACCUGCGGCACCUGCUGUUCCAGCACGGCCGCGCUGACUACGUGCGCCGCGCCGUCGACGCCGUGUUCGCGCUCUGGGGACAGGGCAAGGUCAAGCCGCUCGUUGACUCCACCUGGGCGCUUGAGGAUGUCGGUGAGGCCAUGCAGAAGAUGCACGACCGCAAGAACAUCGGCAAGCUAGUGCUGGACCCGUCGCUGGAGCCCAAGCCCAAGCCUGCCACCCCGGCCAAGGGCAAGUCCGGCAAGGAGAAGAAGCCAGCCAAAGAGAGCUCCGAGGAGAAGAAAGACAAGGAGACCAAGGAGGAGGAGAAGAAGCCGGCCGAGAACGGUGAGAAGAACGGGGAAAAGAACGGGGAAAAGAACGGUGAGAAGAACGGUGAAGAACCGCUCACUAACGGUAACAGCGACGAAGAGUCUAAGGAGAAGGAGAAGGAAUCUAGCUGAAUUAGUUCCCCCGAGGACUGACAGACAAACCACCGCCAAUUGAUUAUGUUAGAGUUGAAGUCCCGAGGCUGUCGCGCUUGCCUCGCCCGGCUGCGGCGCCGACAUCUAUAUGUUGCUUCGUGUUUUAUUAUCCUUAUUGAACUAUACAAGUCUGAUUACACGACAUCCUUCGAUCGCUCACCUAUUUAUAAAUGUUUUGCCUCAUAUAAUCAUUGAUAUACAGACGAUCGAACGAUGUCGCUCGCUAAUUUUAGUUUUUAAUUAUUCGACAUCAUCACAUUCUCUUAGUUUUUUUUAGAUUUUUUAUGAAAUUGAUCGUUGGAAAUAUGACAGCGAAACUACAAUGAAUUUAUGUUUUUUAAUCAAUUAUUAUUUUAUGAAUUAAUUUGGCCUAAGUUAAGAAACGUCUCGGAAAAUACAUGCAGUCUUUUUUUAUUAUAGUUUAAUGUUUAAGACUUUAUUUUUAAGAUGAGAUAUUUUAAUCUGCAGUUAUUUUGAAUGGCUAUUGUAUAUCUAAGGUGCAGAGAUGCUUAAUCUUUAUGUAUGUUAAGCUUUAAUAUUUUAUUAGUAAAUGUUUAAAAUUUGGCCCACGCGACCCACACGCCCCGCCCGAGCCCCGUGCUCUGAGCCCAGGCGCCCCUCGCCGACUAACGAAUGAGAAAUCUUACGUGUGAUAUUUUGUGGUAGGUAUGCUAGAUGUUUUGCGGUAUUAUUAUGCUGCCUUUACAUAACAUAUUAUUUUUUAUUACUUUGAGCUUAAAAAUUGAUUACUUUAUAUUUUUAUACUUAAACGUUUUGUAAAUUAUUUUCUAGUUAAGAGAAUAUUUGACAAGCUUUGUUUUCCGCACCAGUGGUAGUGCGUUAGCGCAGCGGUCGUCCGCCUGCCCGCACUCGGCUGAUCGUCUACCGCCGGACCUAACAGGACGAGCUUACCAAAUUGUCAGAUAUUUUUGUGGCUAAGUUCAUAUAAAUCAACAUAAUCGAUGUCACCUACGAUAUAAGUAAUAUUUUUAUAUUCCAAAGGACUGUACCGCGGUCUCAUCUCAUAUAAUGAAGCUUUUUAUGUAUCUUUACACAAUUAUCACAUAUCUAAUCAAACAUUACACAUUCACACGAUAUAUAUUAGGAUUAAUAUUUUGAUACUAAUAUUCACUGCAUUUGUUUUUGAUAUAUCUAGCAUAUUGUAUUUGUCUACUGUUUAUUUCCUAAGGUUGUAACAACGUUUUACCGCCAUAUAUGUACAGUAUGGCCGUAGUGUACGUACUCAGUACUACAAACACUUUAUCUGUAAUACACAUAUCAGCGGAGUCCGAGCCGAGCCCCGCCUGCUCAACAUGACCGCGCUCUCGAUGUGUGUUCACUCCACCGACUUGUUUGACAGACUCGAUUUUUUAUAAACUUUUACCCUUUUUGAACAUUUUUGCAAAAGCAUAGAGUAACGUGAGCGCGCGUUGUGUCCUGUCCCGUGUCCGCUUGUCCCGCUUGUUCUCGUACGGUGGCUUGGUGCUAGUUGUAUCGGCACGCGGAUACCUCUCGCUUCAGUGUCUCGGACCAAUAUCUUAAAGCUAUUUAGUCUUCUUAUCAGUAAUAUUCUUCGCUUUGUGUGUCAAAUAUGUGCGAAUUUCUUGUAAUGUAAACAUAUAUUAAUUAAAUCUUGUGUAUAUCAACCUGUAUAAUGGUUUAGAAUUAUCUCUGAAUUUUCUUGUAUAAGGAUAUUUGAUGAAAUUCAAUAGUAAUAGAGCUGGGGUGACUGCGCCGUUUGUGAUUGUGUCCAAAUUGUUGUAGGUUAGUAUCGAAAUUGAUGCCAAUAUUUAUUAACUUCAAGAUCGGGUUUAAGUGAAGGGGAACUCGCGCGGUCACGCCAGCAGACUCACACCAGACUGGGUCGUUAUUGUAUUACACAUUUAUUUUUAUAAGGGCGGGCCAGUGUGAUAUCUAUACUAUGAAAUAAAUAAAUAAAUAUGUAUGAUCUGUAAAAAUGCUUA